GGUUAGGAUAAAAAAUGUGUGUGGAUAGAGAAUUGUAUUUACUUUAAAUUGGAUGUGAAAAAUAUAGACCCCAUGGACUGGUUUACAUACAGUUUGUGACAUCUGGAACAUAUCUAUCUAUCUAUGCUUUCUUAAUAUAGACUAGCCACACAUGCAUUCAAACUCUAGGAGUGGAAAGAAGAAGUUCUUGCAGGGGUGUUAUUAUUUUUCCUUCUGCCAUGACAAAUGAAUGUUGCAUGAGUUUUUCAGUACCGUAAUUUAGGCACAGAGCCAGUGUCAGUGAGGUCAUUCACAACGGAAACGUCAAGCUGGUUAGUAGCUAGACAGAGCAAGUGGUCUCUCGGGUCAAUUUCCAAAUUAAGACAUGGAGACAUUUUACAAGUUCACAGCUUCUGCAAGUGGACAACUUCGGCAGCUUCAGAAGAUGGUCCAGGAUAUCAAGAAAAAUGAUGGCAGUAUCCUAAACAGACUGAGAAGAUUUAAAACCAAAUCAGCUCCAAAACUACCUGCAAGAGACUAUCAAGGUGAUGAAUUGGACGCCGAACAGUGGUCUGACAAUGAGUUUGAGAGUGACACUUAUGAGGACCCCCAAGAGGAUCAAGAUGACAGUUAUGAGCCCCCUCCCACUCAGAAAGUCUUUACCCCUUCCUCAUCAACCUCUUUCCCCAGAGGGGACUAUGUUGACAGCUGCCGUGGCAGGCUGGACCCCCCACACAGGAAUCCCAUCCGCCCCCCAAAAAGCACCAAAACAUCCCCAUCACUGCCCCCAAAACCCAACCAGAAAGACAAUGCUGAUGAAGACUACGUUGACCCAGAAUGUGACAAUGAUGACAACUACAUAGACCCCACAGAGAAACCUAACAACCAGUCACAUGGAAGAGGAAAACCAAUUCAGAGCAGUCCUUCAAUGCCCAAGGCAGUGCCACAGCGCUCAAAUAGUCCAGAUGUGUAUGAAGUUCCUGACAUGGAGGAACACUGUCCCGUGCCAGUGAGUCGACCUGCCACUCUCAAAGUCCCUUCACAGAGUGUGCCCCCUAGAGCCAGCCCAAGAAUGCACAUAAAGAAAUGUCCCCCAAUCCCAGUCCAGGGGCACAGAGAUGAGGAAUAUGAAGUCUGCAAUUCAGAUGAAAGUAGCAGUACAAAGUCUGAGGAGAAGCCUAUGCCUGUUGUUCCCAGAGCAUUGCCCAGAGAGACGAAGCCAUCUUUUCUGGAGAGGCCAGAUAUUGUAACCAGGGUAAAUGAAGGGCCAGCACUGGCCACAAGACAGAAUACCCAGAAACCAACGGCCACACCCCAGCCCUCUGAAUUCAGAUGUGCCAAGAAGUUUUUGCCACAGAAGUUUACCUCUCAGAAACCUGAGAGAGGUGCACCAACAGCUGAAAACCAAUUUAUGGACGCUGAAGAGGCCGCAGAUGUCUUGAAGAAGCCCUGGUAUGCCAGCACCUGUGACCGGAAGACAGCUGAGGAGGCUCUGAUUCGCUCAAACAAGGAUGGGUCAUUCCUAAUAAGGAAGAGCUCCGGUCAGGACACACAGCAGCCGUUCACUUUGGUGGUGUUAUACAACAGUCGAGUGUACAACAUUCCGGUGCGCUACAUCCAAGGACGGAAGCAGUACGCUCUUGGAAGGGAGAAGAAAGGCGAGGAGCGAUUCGCCAGUGUUUCACACAUGAUUGAGAACCAUCAGAGGAACCCUUUGGUAUUGAUUGACAGCCAAAAUAACACCAAGGACUCCACUAAGUUAUGCUUUGCUGUGAAGCCAUAGGUUUCACCAGACAAUUACUUUACCCAUGGGCCAUUGGGAUUUAAGGUUGGGACUCGGAACCACAACCCAAAGCUUGGUCUAGUGUACGAAGAGCGAAGUUCAAGUGAAUGGGCAUUGACGGUGUUCUCACAUGGAUCUCACAGAACACCUGCUGGAUUACUCUCGUCACAUUACCCAGCCAGAGCUAUGCAAGCAAGAUCAGAACAAAACUGACUUAACUGCUGUCGCACUUUUCAGUCAAAUAUUUUGUGUAUGCAUCGUCAAACUUGUGCUGAAAAUGUUUUCUAACAAGUUGGGUGCUUUGGAUAUCAUGUAUUCUGCCAAAAAAAAUAUUUUAGAAGUAUUAUUAGAAUAUAUUAUAAUAAUGACAUAUAUAAAGCAGGAAUGCUAUUUGUGGGUUGAACAAAAAUGUGCAAGCAUGGUGUUUUUUUACUUUUUUUGUUGUGUUUAAUAAACUCAAUGUUUCUCAUCACUCCAAAACUUUCUCAAUUGUGUUACUUCAAUUACAGUACAUAUGUCUGAAGAUAUUAAUAAAUGACACAGAGUGCA